CCCGAUACGGUCAUUAAGCCAAAGAUGGCAAGUGCAGCAAGUAGGAAAACAGCAACGCGGAUGCCAUCUCGCACGAAGUUAACGUCUAAUAAUACGAACCAAACUAUGAUACAACCCCAUGAGUUUGUCGACAGAUUGCUAGAUCUCUCAAACUGCACAGAUAAUCUACACAAACAGUUAACAAUGACCUUACAAGCGAAACAGUCUACACGUACGGAUACUUUACCAAAGUCUGAGCGUGCUACUUUGGCUUUGAGGUCAUGCAACGCUUGCUUGAAAUCGUUUUCUAGUGUCUCGAGAUCUCCAACUAAGGACGGUUUGAAAAUGGAGAAUCUGCCUCAUUUAAUUGCAUCUGCUAGACUUUCACUCGCCACAUUACGUGAACUCGAAGAAUCAUUACCUACAAAGGCGGUUGAUAUUUGUAGAGCAACGUUAAAAUGCGUUGAGGAAUGUAACCUUCUGGGAUUUACAAAAUCCGCUUUGCUAGAGCUCAUUGCAUUGCAUCCUUUCCUCUGUCGUCAACUAUCUAAUGAAACAUCAACACCAGUACAGAUUCCACCAAACAAGCCACAAGGUAUACUGGUCCACGUUAUCCCUAAAGAAAAGAUUCCAGUUGAUUUGGCCAGUGUACAACUACUUUAUUAUCAGUUAUCAAUACGGAUACUUCUCUCGUUACCAAAUAUAGAUCUACUGGCAAUGUCGAGCGCUUUAAGUAUCAACGGUUCGCUCAUAUCUCAAUUACCUUCACUUAGGCAAUCUUUACAAAUGGAGCCAUACGCGAAUGGAACAACUACAUUGUUUAAGCUAUUAUGUAGAGCAACUACAGAGCAAGAAAAGCCAUCAUCUUCAACUGCACUUAUUCACUUUAAAAUUAGGUCUAAAGCUUUAAUGCUUAUCAAUCAUAAUCAUAAUUUAGAUCUCAAUUUGUGGUGGACUCAAGGCUGGAAGUUUGGUUUAUCUUUAUUGAGAUCAGCUGAAGAUGCUUUGGUACCUUACACAAACGUGGUGAAACCUUUUUGGUCUAACAUGAUCGAGUUUGCACAAGCGCGUAAUCAAUCUAGGUUCAUGGAAGGAAAAGGAUGGAUAGACUUUUGUGAAGGCUGGAUGAGUAUUGCUAAGAAGCUCGAUGAUAUCUCUUCAUUACAACUGAUAGCAAAAUUACUUUCAAAUGAUACAAACAACUCUAACGAAGAUACUGAUGAACUUGCAUCCGAUUUGUCAGCAUUGACACUGUCAGCUGAUAAAGAGAGUCUAUUUACAAAAUACAAUGUAAUACUGUUAACAACUACUGCAAAAUUGUCAUCGAAAUCAAGCCUUGACGAUUUGAAAGAUCGCGAUUAUUCGAAUAUCAUUCACGUACUCGACUCUUUGAAGCAUCUAGAUCUAGAUGAUAUUAUGUUUUGCAAAGCUGAAAGAAAUGUCGAUGGUAUACGUAGGGUAAUUUAUAACAGAAUAGCUGAAAUGGGAGAGAUGAAUCCACAAUGUGAAAAACUCUGUGUAUUACAAAGUUAUUUAGCUCUUUGGACAGAACAUCAACUACAGAAAUCAAGAUCUUUAUCACCUCCGUUACUUUAUGGUACAUUAGAUUCUUUAUUACAGUUAGCUCAACUUAGAGUUAAUGACAGUACGGAAUCAAUGAAUUAUCUUAAUAGAGCUCUAGCCUUUAUUGAACCGUUGAAAUCACCACAAGCUAACAGAUUGGUUGCGUCAGCAUUUUGGAAUUGGUCGUGUACAUUAUUCCAGGAUGGCAAAGCAGGUACAGAAGCGGACUGUAUACCAGCAGUUGAAAGCUGUCUGAAAGUUGCAGAAGAUGGUAUCGCUAUGUGCAAUGAAACAAUAGCAAGACAUCCCAACGAUGGAUUUAAAGGUGAUCAAGAGAUGUUGAAGAUAAUGAUCGACCAACGACCAAAACGCUAUGAACUUUUGGCUAUAUGUUACUCAAAGGUACAUGACAAUCAAUCAGCAUACGAAGCUUUCUGCAACUCAAUUUUGUCUUCAUUACAAACUACUUCAUCACCAAUCAAUAGAGAGAUAGACAAGCUUGAUGAUUCUCAUAGCUAUUCAAUACUCGUAAAGAAGGCUAUGCAGAUUGGUCUAUCUAGACUUAUGUUACCACCCCAGGAUCUGUCUUUAUGUGCUCGCGCUGAAAAAUUAAACAUCGAUCAAGACGUUAAGUGCACAUUAAUCGAACUACAAAUCCGUCAAAUUGAGGAACGCGCUUGGUCCGAUCAGAAUGCUUCUUCUGCAGUUAUCCAUAUGAUUUUGGAAUUGAUUGGAUCGGCUGGUUAUGAUAUAUCGAGGAAUCCACUAAAAAAAGCGAGAAUACUUUUGAGGUUGAUGGAACAAAUUGUUUUGGGACCUUCAGUUGAUCUUGAAGGUAUUCACAUUCCAGCUGUUGAAGUUCUAUUUGAAGAGGUUAGGUCGUGUGUACAACGGGAAGAUUAUGUGGAAGAUACAUCAUUGAAGACAUCUACUAUGAGUUUUAUGUUGUCAGCUCAUAUGUUCUUAGCAAUUUAUUAUUAUAGAUCGAGUGAUACACCAUUAGAAGGAUCAUCCUCAGCUUUGAGAGAAGCAAGACACACAAAGGAGAUCUUAAAAACUAUCUUAGGUACAGGUGGACCUAGAAGAAGCUCCAUUCUGCGGGAUAACAAUUUAAGAGCAUCUUCAACUCAAAAUCAAACGAGAGAAAUCAAUAAUCCAUCAUCAAAGACUAGAAGUGUUUCAACGAGACAAACUACGACUACUAGAGUUACGCGUAGCCGUCAAGUACCAGCCAGUCAAACUUCGAAAGCGCCAACAGGCCGUGCGACUAGACCUACGGCGGCUACGAGGCGAGUUGUAAAGCCAGCAACAACAAUAUCAAAAUCACUUAAGUCUAAUGAUGAUGUCAAAUCUACAGAUUCGAAUAAUAAUCAAUUUGAUGAUAUUGAGAGAUGCUAUAAUUCUCUGAGAUUAUUGACUGAAAUGCUUGGUAUUUUAGGUCAUACGUUCCUCAGACUAGACUUUCUAAAACUACUUCGUAAAAUCUGUCAAAGUCAACAAAGAAAAUCAGAAAACAAAUGUGAAGAUUAUUUACUUGCAUCAACAACUUUAGCAGCAGAGUACGUCAAAAUUGGUAAAAUUUCUCGUGCAGGUGCCGUAUUUGCACAAGUUGCCUCAAUGAAAGAAGUUCCCGCAAAUAAAACAUCCGUAUCUUGGAUUUCAUCUCAAAUAGAAUUCAAUUUAAGAUACUCAGAAUAUUUAGCUAUAACUGAAAAUCAUGAGAAAAGUAUAAUGGCUUAUAAUGAUGCAUUCGUACUCAAAGAGCUACUCGAUUCAACGAUUGAAAAGGACUCCCAAAAGAAUCCAUUAUCUCGUACACUUCAAUGUGAGCGUGUUGCAAUUGCGGCUAGUGUUUAUUCGAAGAUCGCAUAUUAUCGUGAAGACGUACCAACUACACUGAAAUAUCUAGCUCAAGCACUUAGAUUAUAUAAUAAUGCAGCUCGACAUAUAUCAAAACUUACACCAAAGAGAGAAUCAAGAUCUAUGAGAGAUGACAAUGAUCCCUUCUCAAUGGAGGUAGAUGAACCUAAUGAAAGUCAAAGUUCACCACACUUGAAUGUAUUUGAAAAUAGGAAGUGUACUGGUAUUCAUUGGAGAAUAUCUCAAUCAUUAUUAGAUUGCUUGAUAUUGUUGUCUUCGAUCUAUACUAGUAGAGGGUCAUCAAGAGAAGCUGAAUUCUUUUUAGGACAAGCAAAUAAUCUAACGGAAACGCUAGCAUCACCCAACUUUGACGCGAAGAUUAAUGCAGCGAAAGCAGAGCUCAAUCUAGCACUAAACGACUUAGAUCAGUCAAAGAAAGAUAUUGAUAAAGCAUUAUAUUCGUUAGGAGGUCAAGAUGAUACGGAAUCAUCCGUUUUAAUAAAGAAAGCUAAAGGAGACUUGCAGUUUAGAUUAGAAUCAAAUGCUGAUGCAUCCGCUGGUUAUUUAUCAGCUUGUUUAAUAUUAGAACGUUUGGAUAAAGUAUACAAUGAAAUAGAGACAUCAACUACAUCACCGAAGAAGUCAAACAAUGAUUUCGUAAAUGAUGCAACAAUUUAUGAUCCAAUUUUACCAGAGAUAUUUGGACAUCUCCUUCGUCAAAGAAUUUGGUUAUUGAGUGAAGAUGAAAAGAACGCAGAAAGUCAAAAAUUACUUGACAAGUUGUUUAAUUUCCCUACAAAUUCAAUAAAUAAAGCGGAAGAGAAUCUUUUAUUAGGUAAAAUGAGGUUAAGAGAGGCUUACAAUAGUUUUCAAAGUGACUUAUUUAUGUCUUCCUUAUCUGAUGCUCUGAUUUCUGUACCUUGUGGUUCAGUUGUUAAUGGCCAUGAUUCUAACUCCCUCAAUUCACGUCAACCAAGUAUAGAAACAUUGGCAGAUGCAGAAAAGUUCUUUAUGAGUGCACUUGAACUAAAUAUUGAUAAGACCUCAAUAAAGGAUAUACGUCAAGCAUGCUUAGGAAUCGCGUUAAUAAAAUCAUUUCAAACCUCUCUAGGCAAAGUCAGUAAAAAUAACUCGAGAUUAGCAGCAACGUAUUUAGAUUUGGGAUCUGCUGUAACUUUACGUAGAGAGCUAUUAGAAGUAAUUGACAAUAAAUUGUCACAUUCUGAGUCAAGGAAUGAUAUGGAUUGGCCUGGAAUUGAUCAGUUGAAUCAAAUAAAGUCAUUAUCACCACAUAAGAGAAAUUCAAAACGAUUGUUUAUACCUUCACCUUCGCCAUUAGGUUCACCAAUGCAUGAAAGUGAAAAUUUAUUUAACGAGGAUUUGUCAAUAAAUAAAUAUUGGGAAGAUAUUAAGUCGAGACAUUUACGUGAAUUCAAUAACCCUGAAGAAGGGUUAGUAGAAACUAUAAAUCAAUUACCAAACAAUUAUUCAGUAAUAUCGAUUUCAAUUACGGAUGAUAAAAAGACAAUGUUCGUUGUUAAAUUUCGUAAAAAUUCUGAACCAUUACUGGUUUCCUUACCACUGGAUAAUAGACAAAAUAAACGUGAAGGUGGUGGUGAAGAAGGUGCAUUCACAUAUCGAGACGCAAUAGACGAAUUACAAAGUAUUAUAGAAGAAAGUGAUAAAUCUAUUAAAUCCGCAAGUGAUGGCCAAGUUAUAACUGAUGAUGACAAAGUAGAUUGGUGGAAUUGCCGUAAACAUUUGGAUUCCAGAAUGAGACAAUUUGUUAAGAAUAUUGAAUUUUGCUGGUUAGGUGUAUUCAAAAGUUUAUUCUUAAAACCAACAGCUAAAAGUGAGAAUGCAUUGAAUGGUUUAAGAGGAUGUUUAGAGAAGGUUUUCAAAAGACAUAUACAUUCAAAUGGUAGAAAAAGAUUAAAUUCCAAAGUCAAACUGGAUGAUGCACUCUUAGAAUGUUUCUCAGCUUUGCAAACUAAUUGCAAAGAUGAGGAAUUAGAAGAUCUAAUUUACUUCGUUUUAGAUAUUCAUGGUUUCCACGGUAUACAGUUAGCACUAGCUGAAAUUGAUAUUGAUCAAGCAACAGUUGAUAUACGUAGCGCAUUAGAAGAAUAUAGUAAUAAGUUCUCUGAUGAUAAUCAAGUAGAGGAUGACCAACAUACUUUCAUCAUCUUGGAUAAAAUGACUCAAACAAUGCCAUGGGAAUCAAUACCAACUUUGAGAAAUCAGAGCGUUUCUAGAAUCCCUUCAAUUGGAUUUUUAAGAGAUAGGAUGGACUUAAUAAAGCACCUUCAUCAAGAUAAAUUCUAUGUUAACCCGAAGAAGACGUUUUGUUUGAUUAAUCCAUCUGGGGAUUUAAAGCGUACACAAAAGAACUUCGAGGGGUGGUUUACGAAACUUAAAGAAAUUGGUUGGAAAGGUAUUACCGGCAGAGAACCACUUGAAGUUGAAAUUGCAAAUGCACUAGAAACGAAUGACUUAUUUAUAUACUUUGGUCAUGGUGGUGGUCAAAAAUACAUUAGGUCACAGAAGAUACGUAACCUCAAGAAAUGUGCUACAACGAUGUUAUGGGGAUGUUCUUCAGGCUCUUUGAAAUCUACUGGCGACUUUGAUUCUUAUGGUAAUCCAACGAAUUAUUUGCUAGCUGGUUGUCCAUCUUUGGUAGCUAACUUAUGGGAUGUAACUGAUAGAGAUAUUGAUAGAUUAUCUCAAAGCGUUUUUGAUAAAUUGGGAUUGAAUUAUGAUUCAAUUUCUAAUAAUAAGUGUCAAGAUAGUAUUACAAUAACAGAGGCAAUAGCAAGCUCGCGUAAGGACUGUAGACUAAAGUAUCUCACUGGUUCAGCCGUUGUUGUUUAUGGAAUACCAAUCCAAUUAAGAUAGAUGAUGAUAUAAAAGUAAUAAAUAAAUGAAUCGAUAGUUAAAUUAAACAUAUACGAAAGCAUUUGCUGAUUUAAUAAGUAUGUAAAAGUUAGCAGCGAUCCCGGCAAACCAUGCAACUGUUCUAAGUGCCUGAGAUUGAUAUAAGUUUAGGUAUUAUCUAAAAAGAUAUGGAACUUACUGCAGAUCUUGGUGAUUGCUGAAAUGCGUAAGCUAAUGAAAAAAUGAUACGUGUUGCAAUGCUUGAAAGUGAUUGUCAGAAUGUGAAACAAUAGUUACAAUGACUAACAAGAAAAUUGCAAAGUGGUUACGAGUUACAACAUGCAAGUUAGCAAUGUUAGCUAAUAUCAAACUAGUAGCAAAUAACGGGAAAGUCUCAUGUGCAUUUUGG